CCGUGCCGUGCGCGGAGCCGCGAGCGGCCGGGCGCCAUUUCGGGAUCAGCCUCGGAACCAUAGACGGGCCCAGACCGGCACCGGGACUGACUCACGGCCGCGCCGCCCCUCGCCGCCCGCUCCUCGGGGCUGCCUGAGCGCCGCCGUCCAUUUAAGAUUCAGACGCCUGGAGAAGGUGCUCAAGCCCUCGGGUCCGUUCCCCACCGCCAGGGCAGUGACGCCGGAGCCGCCGCUGCCGGACCUCGGGGCCCUAGCGAGGAUCGCACUGUCUGCGGCGCAAGGUGUCCUGAAAAAUGGCUGAUGAUAUUGAUAUUGAAGCAAUGCUUGAAGCUCCUUACAAGAAGACUUGCCUAACGAUAUCUCACCUCUACUCCCAUGAAUUCACCUUUGAUUCCAGUGUGAACUGUCAAUCAUAAGGUAUGGAAAUAGGGAAUGUUUAGGCUGGACUGGUGGAUUAUUGAUGACUUUCAUGGGAGUCGACGUUACUAAAGCAGUGUGAAUCCCUGUUUGCUUCAGGGCGAGAUGUGUGACAGAGGUGACAUCAAGCUCUUACAACCCUUCAACGAAAAUGAGUGAAGAUCUCGGGAAUGGCAUCGGUCACAGGAAAUCGAUAGUGGCUGGCUGCUAGUGUAGCCACGGGGCUUAGGCAGAGAUAUAGCCUUGGUACUGAUCAGAGGGGCUCGCAAACACCUCAGACAUCCUCUUAAACUUUAUAGAAAUAAUGUUUAGUCACUUGAGUGCUGAAUUCUACAGGAUAACUUGCUCUCUAAACCAUGAUGAGAACAAAUUGAGCAGUGCCAAUGGCCAUGAAGAACGCAGCAAGAAGAGAAAAAAGAGCAAGAGCCGAAGUCGAAGCCAUGACAGAAAGAGGAGCAGAAGUAAGGAACGCAAGCGGAGCCGAGAUCGGGAACGGAAAAAGAGCAGAAGCCGGGAAAGGAAACGGAGCAGAAGCAAAGAACGCAGACGCAGCCGGUCUAGGAGUAGAGAUCGCAGAUUCAGAGGCCGCUAUAGAAGUCCCUAUUCUGGUCCAAAAUUCAACAGUGCCAUCAGAGGGAAGAUUGGUCUACCCCACAGCAUCAAAUUAAGCAGACGUCGCUCCAGAAGCAAAAGUCCUUUCAGAAAAGACAAAAGCCCUGUUAGAGAACCUAUUGAUAAUCUUACCCCUGAAGAGAGGGAUGCUCGAACAGUGUUCUGCAUGCAGUUGGCUGCAAGAAUUCGACCAAGAGACCUGGAAGAAUUUUUCUCUACAGUAGGGAAGGUUCGAGAUGUGCGAAUGAUUUCAGACAGAAAUUCCAGACGUUCAAAGGGGAUUGCUUAUGUUGAAUUUAUUGAUGUUAGUUCAGUGCCCCUGGCAAUAGGACUGACUGGACAGAGAGUCCUGGGUGUACCUAUCAUAGUACAGGCAUCACAGGCAGAGAAAAACAGAGCAGCAGCAAUGGCAAAUAAUCUGCAGAAGGGCAGUGCUGGUCCUAUGCGGCUCUAUGUGGGAUCAUUACACUUCAAUAUAACUGAAGAUAUGCUUCGAGGAAUCUUCGAGCCAUUUGGCAGGAUUGAAAGUAUUCAGCUCAUGAUGGACAGUGAAACUGGACGCUCAAAAGGAUAUGGAUUCAUUACGUUCUCAGACUCUGAGUGUGCCAAGAAGGCGUUGGAACAACUCAAUGGAUUUGAGCUGGCUGGGAGGCCAAUGAAAGUUGGACAUGUAACUGAGCGUACUGAUGCUUCCAGUGCUAGCUCAUUUUUGGACAGUGAUGAGUUGGAACGGACUGGAAUUGAUUUGGGUACAACCGGUCGCCUUCAGUUGAUGGCAAGACUUGCAGAAGGUACUGGUUUGCAGAUUCCUCCAGCUGCACAGCAGGCUCUGCAGAUGAGUGGAUCUUUGGCCUUUGGAGCUGUGACAGAUUUGCAAACGAGACUGUCCCAGCAGAAUGAAGUUCUGGCUGCAGCUGCUUCUGUACAACCCCUUGCAACACAGUGCUUCCAGCUUUCCAACAUGUUUAAUCCUCAAACUGAAGAAGAAGCUGGCUGGGACACAGAAAUUAAAGAUGAUGUGAUUGAGGAAUGUAACAAACAUGGAGGAGUUAUCCACAUCUACGUUGACAAAAACUCAGCUCAGGGCAAUGUGUAUGUCAAAUGUCCCUCCAUCGCUGCUGCCAUUGCAGCUGUCAAUGCUUUGCAUGGGAGGUGGUUUGCAGGUAAAAUGAUUACAGCAGCGUAUGUACCUCUUCCAACAUACCACAGCCUUUUCCCAGACUCUAUGACUGCAACCCAACUACUGGUUCCUGUUCGACGAUGAAGAUUAAUUUAGUCAGUUUUGUACAUAGGUAUUUUUUGGAGGAAGAUUGAGUUAUCUUUUAUUUAGAUAAAACUAAAGGAAAGGAUUUAAUGUCAUUUUGUGUACACUUCCUGCUAUCUUUAAAAAUAAAAUGAAGUAAGCAGAAAUGCAGUGUGUUCAUUCUCCCUAACUAGCAUUUCCACUGUAUACAAAGCUGUUGACUUCUUGUUCUGCCUUGUAAUUCUUGUACAUUGACAAAGGUGAUCCGUAGGAACUGAGAAAUAGCUCAUAGAUAACAAGUACUCUGUAAAAGGCAGAUGGGACAUAAUGACAUUUUUAAUGUUUCAUGAGCCUUUCUUUUAAUGCAGCAAAGACAUUUUACAUUUCACUAAAUGUGGGUGAUCUGCUCAAGGGUAGUAUCUGAAAGAGACUGGAUGAAGGGACAUAUUUAGUGUUUUUGUAUAAAUGGAAAAUCCAAAAAGCUACUGAAUGCUGACUGCAGACAGCUACUCAGCUUGCUUUGUGCUGAAUAAUUGGUAAGAAUAGGAGGAUUGAAGGGUUUUAUUUCUUGAUGGUAACUUUUGAUUAUUGUAUCUGUAAAAGUUUCUUUGUAAAUACUGUUUGGUGUGUCUAAGUUUCCAAACAAAACAUCUCUGCAUUUCCAGAUGAGUUUCCACGUGUGCAGUGGGGCAGAGCUGGAGGAUUUCAGCCAAGUCUGAAAAUGGGUAGGAAAUACAGAAACCUGUUUUGUUCUGGUUGCAUAUAAUCUUUGCUCUUUUUAAGCUCUGUGAGCUCUGAAAUAUAUUUUUGGGUUACUUCAGUGUGUUUGACAAGACAGCUUGAUAUUUCUAUCAAAGACUUUCAUAUUGCAACAAUCUUUGUAAGAACCACUCAAAUAAAAUUCUCUUAAAAAGGCCUU